AUGCUACGUGUCAUCCACGGCGGAAUAGCAACCCAGACGUCAGGGCAAAGGCCGCCCGAAACACUGGCCGUUACCCGCCCAAGCAUGCCGAACGGCAAAGGAGGGACCGAACGUCCCGAUGACCCUCGGGACGACAAUGUCAUGCUGCAAGAUCAACCUGCCGAAGAGCUCGAAACGAUCUCCAUCUCCAACACACAGGAUCGGCAGGUCCGAAUCGGCACUUCCCUCAGUCUGUCUCUCCGAACCGACUUCAUUACCUUCCUAAGGGCCAAUUUGGAAGUUUUCACCUGGUCUUACAACGAUAUGCCUGGGAUCUCCCCAUACGUCAUUAGCCACAAGCUCAGCAUCUCCCCUUCUUUAAAGCUGGUCCGACAGAAGAGACGAUCCUAUGACGCCGAACGAUACGAGGCCAUGAAGACCGAAGUAGACAAGCUUCAGGCAAUUGGCUUCAUCCGCGAAGUCACCUACCCCAUUUGGCUUGCCAACUCAGUCUUGGUGAAGAAAUCCGGCAGUGCCUGGCGAAUGUGCCAGGAUUACACCAAUCUGAAUAAAGCAUGUCCGAAGGAUAGCUUUCCACUACCAAGAAUGGACCAACUGGUGGACGCCACGGCUGGCCAUGAGCUCCUCAGCUUCAUGGACGCCUACUCUGGCUACAACCAGAUUUUCAUGCAUCCUACGGAUCGUGAGCAUACGGCAUUCAUUACCGACAGAGGGCUUUAUUGCUACAACGUCAUGCCGUUCGGCCUAAAAAAUGUUGGAGCUACAUACCAGCGACUAGUCAACAAAAUCUUUGCCGAACUCAUUGGCACUUCAAUAGAGUCUACGUAG